UGACAUUCCAGGUUUCUGUUUUACCGACACGAAAAUGUGCCGAUUCAUUUCUGUUUGAAAUCGUCAUCCGUCAAAUAGCCGAACUCAACUUCGUCUGAAAAGGCUACGUCAGAAGCUCGGGCAAAAUUAGUAUCCUCGCCAAUUUUCUCCAUUGUUCUAGCAAGAAAUCGAAUUGUAAAAGUGCAUAUUUAUUCCCAAGACAUUGUAGAAUCCCUAGCGAGUAAUUUAGUGCUAGUGAAUCCAACAAGAAAUGGCUGAUCAGCAGAAUGAUGAUUUGGCAACUGCCAUCCUCCGCAAAAAAGACAGGCCAAACAGACUCAUCGUCGAGGAAGCCGUCAACGAUGACAACUCCGUUGUCGCUCUAUCUCAAGCCAAAAUGGACGAGCUGCAGCUUUUCCGUGGCGACACUGUUCUUUUGAAAGGUAAAAGACGCAAAGAGACUGUCUGUAUUGUCUUAUCUGAUGACACAUGCAGCGACGAAAAAAUUAGGAUGAAUCGAAACGUUAGAAACAACUUGCGGGUCAGGUUGUCUGACGUAGUCUCAAUUCAACCUUGUCCUGAUGUUAAAUAUGGCAAAAGAAUUCACGUUCUCCCCAUAGAUGAUUCUGUUGAAGGUCUCACCGGCAACCUCUUUGAAGUGUAUUUGAAACCAUACUUCCUUGAAGCUUACAGACCAAUUCACAAAGACGACGUUUUUAUCGUCAGAGGAGGCAUGCGUGCUGUGGAAUUUAAAGUUGUAGAGACGGAUCCUGCUCCAUUUUGUAUAGUUGCUCCUGACACUGUUAUUCAUUGUGAUGGAGAUCCUAUUAAACGUGAAGAAGAGGAGGAAGCUUUGAAUGCUGUGGGUUAUGAUGAUAUCGGAGGCUGCAGAAAGCAACUGGCACAAAUCAAGGAGAUGGUUGAGUUGCCUUUGAGGCAUCCAUCAUUGUUCAAAGCUAUUGGAGUUAAGCCUCCAAGAGGAAUCUUGUUGUAUGGGCCCCCAGGUACAGGAAAGACAUUGAUUGCUAGGGCUGUGGCUAAUGAAACUGGUGCCUUUUUCUUUUUGAUUAACGGUCCCGAAAUUAUGAGCAAAUUGGCUGGCGAAUCUGAAAGUAAUUUGCGUAAGGCCUUCGAAGAGGCAGAUAAAAAUUCUCCUGCUAUUAUAUUUAUUGAUGAAUUGGAUGCCAUUGCCCCAAAAAGAGAAAAAACCCAUGGAGAAGUGGAGAGACGUAUCGUUUCUCAACUUUUAACUUUGAUGGAUGGCAUGAAAAAAUCCUCUCACGUAAUUGUAAUGGCUGCUACCAACAGACCCAACUCAAUAGACGCUGCUCUACGUCGUUUCGGACGUUUCGACAGGGAAAUCGACAUUGGCAUCCCAGACGCCACUGGCCGUUUGGAAAUCCUCCGUAUCCACACAAAAAACAUGAAAUUGGCCGACGACGUUGAUUUGGAACAGAUUGCUGCUGAAACUCACGGACAUGUUGGUGCCGAUCUCGCUUCGCUUUGCUCUGAAGCCGCUCUGCAACAGAUCCGUGAAAAGAUGGAUUUGAUUGAUUUGGAAGAUGACCAAAUCGAUGCUGAGGUUCUCAAUAGUUUGGCUGUUACGAUGGAGAACUUCCGUUAUGCUAUGACAAAGAGUAGUCCAAGUGCUCUAAGAGAAACUGUUGUUGAAGUUCCCAACGUCACAUGGGAAGAUAUUGGAGGUUUGGCCAAUGUCAAAAACGAAUUGCAAGAAUUGGUACAGUACCCAGUGGAGCAUCCCGACAAGUUUCUCAAAUUUGGUAUGCAACCCUCAAGAGGAGUACUCUUCUACGGUCCGCCUGGUUGCGGUAAAACUCUCUUGGCCAAAGCUAUCGCCAAUGAAUGUCAAGCGAACUUCAUUUCUGUCAAAGGUCCUGAACUAUUGACCAUGUGGUUUGGUGAAUCUGAAGCUAAUGUUAGGGAUAUAUUCGAUAAGGCUAGAUCAGCAGCUCCUUGUGUCCUAUUCUUUGACGAAUUGGAUUCCAUCGCAAAGUCAAGAGGUGGCAACGUCGGUGACGCGGGUGGCGCCGCAGACCGUGUUAUCAAUCAAAUUCUAACCGAAAUGGACGGUAUGGGCGCCAAAAAGAACGUUUUCAUCAUCGGUGCUACCAACAGACCUGAUAUUAUCGAUCCUGCAAUCUUACGUCCUGGCCGUCUGGAUCAGCUGAUCUACAUCCCCUUGCCCGACGAAAAAUCACGCGAACAGAUCUUCAAAGCUAACUUGCGCAAAUCGCCAGUAGCCAAAGAUGUUGAUAUGGUUUAUAUUGCUAAAGUUACUCACGGAUUUUCUGGAGCCGAUUUGACGGAAAUUUGCCAGAGGGCUUGCAAGUUGGCUAUUAGACAAUCUAUCGAAGCUGAGAUAAGAAGAGAAAGGGAGCGCGCUGCUAAUCCUGCUGCCGCUGCUGCUAUGGACUUGGACGAAGACGAUCCAGUUCCCGAAAUCACUAGAGCUCACUUUGAAGAAGCCAUGCGAUUCGCACGUCGUUCAGUGUCUGAUAAUGACAUUCGCAAAUACGAAAUGUUUGCCCAAACUUUGCAACAAUCUAGAGGUUUUGGUACUAACUUCAGGUUCCCAUCGAGUCAAGGUGCGCCUGCUCAAGGUGGUCAGGUACCACCUCCUGUCGCGCCAGGCGAUCAGGCCAACUUUGACGAUCCUGAAGACGAUUUAUAUAGUUAGAAAUUUAGGGUGCGUGGGUUGGCGAAAAAACGAUUUUUUUUUUAAAUUAUAUUAUAAUACCAUGUAUUUCUUCAAUCGGACCGAUUGAUUGAAUUUAUAUCUAGGUUAAUUUUGAUUUUAUUUCAUAAUAAUAAUUAUGUUUUCUUAUUGAUUAUAGUUUUCAAAUACAAAAUUAAAAUGUUCACUUGGAACACAAA